UGCUUACGUUGGCUAUGAAUCGCUUAAGAGAAGAGAGUAUUUAUCAUUUAACACUUGGAAGUCGGAAACAGACACGCCAAGUUAUCAAACUGGAUUUUAUCACAGUAAAAACUAAAUAGGCCGGACUUUUUUGGAUUUUACAGUACAUGUACUGUAACGACUUGGAACGAAAAAGGACUCCUCUUUUUUUAAGUAAUGCAAGCAGCAAUGAUGGAAGAAUCAAACGCUAAUAUUGACAACCAACAACCAACUAAUGUUCUUAAUGAAGAUCAAGUUCAUGUUGACCAACCAUCUUCACCAACACCAAUAGCAACCCCAACAAGCACCAAUAGCUAUGAUGACCUAUUCCCGGCUUUGCCAGCUAACAAUGCACCAUUAAAUAGUAAUGUUGCUCCAGCUUGUGUACGCGUUACUAGCUCUCAAAAAACUCAGGUAUUGCACGUACCUGGGAAGGAACGUAAAUCAACCGAUUCUGAAAAAUUUGGUGAGGGCGAAUCGAAGCGUAUAUGUCAGCAAAUUACUAAGGAAACUGGCGCUCAAAUUGAAAUUGCCAGUGACAAAAACCAAUCGCUUACUUUUUUGAUUAAGGGCAAGCAAAGCGAGUUGUUGGAUGCACGUAGAAAAAUUCUGAUGUAUUUUUCAACUCAAGCAAAUACGCAGGUUGUUAUACCCAAAGAACAUCAUCGCGUUAUUUUGGGAAAACGUGGUGAACGUUUGCGUGAAUUGGAACGUAUUACAGCCACACGCAUUAAUAUGCCUCAUCAAAUCGAUGAGAGCGAUGUUAUAACUAUUUCUGGUACUAAAGAAGGUAUUGAAAAGGCCGAACAGGAAUUACGGAACUUAUCUGCUGAACAAUAUAAGAAGUCAUCGGAUCGUACUUCUGUACCUAAAAUUUAUCAUCCAUUUAUUUUGGGUCCAAACAAUGAAAAUGUUAAUAAAAUUAUGGAGGAAACUGGCGCUAAAGUUAAUGUACCACCACAAUCCGUACAAAAAGAAGAAAUAGUUAUUUCUGGUGAAAAAGAUGCUGUAGCUGCUGCAAAGCUGAAGGUUGAAAAUAUCUAUAAAGAAAUGAAAAAUAAAUGUAGCACUGUUAGCGUUGAAGUUGCGAAGUCUCAACAUCGUUACGUUAUUGGUCCAAAGGGUUCAACUAUUGCUGAAAUUCUUCAACUCACUGGAGUCUCUGUUGAGAUGCCACCACUUGACUCACCACUAGAGACAAUUACUUUACGCGGUCUUCCGGGCGCACUGGGUCCUGCUCUUACUGCCGUUUAUGAGAAAGCCAACUCUGUUAAAUCUAUUGAAAUUGAUGCACCACACUGGAUACAUAAAUAUGUGAUUGGUCGCAAAGGCGCCAAUAUAAAGCAAUUAGAAGAAGAUUGUCCUAAUGUUAAUGUGUAUUGUAUAGACGACAAAAUCAAACUAGAGGGUGAUCCAGAAAAUGUAGAUAAAGCAACUGCCUAUGUGAAUAGUAUUGUACAAAACUAUUUGGACAACUAUACAUUUUUCGUUAUGACCGUUAAUCCUUCGUAUUAUAAGCACAUCAUUGGUAAAGCCGGUGCUAAUGUUAACCGUCUUAAAGAUGAACUUAAAGUGAAUAUUAAUAUUGAGGAAAGAGAUGGUCAAAACAAUAUACGCAUCGAAGGACCUAAAGAGGGCGUGAAACAGGCUCAGCUUGAAUUACAAGAAAAAAUCGACAAACUGGAAAACGAAAAAUCAAAAGAUGUUAUUAUCGAUCGUCGUUUACACCGUUCAAUUAUUGGGGCUAAAGGUGAAAGAAUUCGCGAAAUUAAAGAUCGUUAUCGUCAGGUUACCAUAACUAUUCCAACGCCACAAGAAAAUACUGAUAUAGUUAAAUUACGUGGACCUAAAGAAGACGUUGAUAAGUGUCACAAGGAUUUGUUGAAACUCGUAAAAGAAAUUCAAGAUUCAUCGCACAUAAUUGAGGUACCAAUUUUCAAACAAUUCCACAAGUUCGUCAUUGGUAAGGGUGGAGCUAAUAUUAAAAAAAUUCGCGAUGAAACUCAAACGAAAAUUGACUUGCCUGCGGAAGGUGAUAAAAAUGAGGUGAUCGUUAUAACUGGCAAAAAAGAAAAUGUUUUAGAAGCAAAAGAACGUAUUCAAAAGAUUCAAAAUGAAUUAUCUGAUAUUGUAACCGAAGAGGUUCAAAUUCCGCCAAAAUAUUACAAUUCGAUAAUUGGUACAGGAGGUAAAUUAAUAUCAGCUAUUAUGGAAGAAUGUGGCGGAGUAUCAAUUAAAUUUCCCACUAGCGAAUCGAAGAGUGAUAAGGUAACGAUUCGUGGUCCAAAAGAUGAUGUUGAAAAAGCUAAAGCACAAUUACUGGAGCUUGCUAAUGAGCGUCAACUUGCUUCAUUUUCUGCUGAAGUACGUGCUAAGCAGCAGCACCAUAAGUUUCUUAUUGGUAAAAACGGUGCUUCCAUUCGUAAGAUACGUGACGCAACAGGUGCACGUAUAAUAUUCCCUACAAACGAAGACGAGGAUAAAGAAGUUAUAACAAUAAUUGGCAAGGAGGAUAAUGUUAAAGCAGCAAAAGAACAACUUGAAGCUAUUAUUAAAGAUAUAGAUCAAGUAACUGAAGGUGAAAUUGCUGUGGAUCCUAAACAUCAUAAACAUUUUGUGGCAAAACGUGGCGAAAUCUUACAUCGCAUUUCAGAGGAAAAUGGUGGUGUGAUGAUUUCUUUUCCACGUCCAGGUGUUGAUUCCGAUAAAGUAACACUUAAAGGUCCCAAGGACUGUAUCGAGGCAGCAAAGCAACGUAUUGCUGAAAUCGUUGGUGACCUUGAAGCUCAAGUAACUAUUGAAGUUGUCAUUCCACAACGACUACAUCGUACUAUAAUGGGUGCACGUGGCUUAAAUGUACAACAAGUAACUUCCGAAUAUGAUGUACAAAUCAAAUUCCCUGAUCGUGAUGCAACGGAACCCGCUGAAGGUAUUGUAAAUGGUACCAAUGGCAUUGAUAAUAAUGAUGAACCUAUACGGCUAUGCGAUAUUAUUCGUAUAACGGGACGUUUAGAAAAAUGUGAACGUGCUAAGCAAGCACUUAUAAAUCUUGUACCUAUCACUGAAGAGAUAAGUGUUCCAUAUGAUUUACAUCGUACUAUUAUAGGACCGAAAGGUGUAAAUGUUCGUCAAUUUAUGUCAAAACAUGAUGUACAUAUUGAAUUGCCACCUAGCGAAACAAAAUCAGAUGUUAUUAAGGUAACUGGUACACCGGCACAUGUUGCCGAUGCUAAGGACGCCUUACAACAAAUGAUUGAAGAAUAUGAAGCUGAUCGUGCCGAUCGUGAACUUCGUUCGUUUGUGCUUGAAAUCGAUGUAGAUCAGAUGUAUCAUUCAAAACUAAUUGGUCGUCGUGGUGCCACAAUUAAUAAAUUACGUGCUGAUCAUGAUGUUAACAUCUCGCUGCCAAAACGUGAUGAUGAAAAUCAACGUAUUAUAACUAUUACUGGCUAUCAAGCUAAUGCAGAGGCUGCGAGGGAUGCCAUUAUGGAAAUUGUUGGAGAUUUGCAAGAUUUAUAUCGUGAAGUUAUUGAAGUUGAUUCUCGCAUACACUCACAUAUUAUUGGGCAUCGCGGACGUACUAUUCGCAAAAUUAUAGAGGAUUAUAAGGUCGAUAUUAAAUUUCCUUCUGCCGAUGAUGCUCAAAAUAAUCCUGAUGCUGUUACAAUUAUUGGCAAGGAAGAAGAUGUCGAAAAUGCAAAGGAUGUUAUACUUAAUAUGGCCGAGGAUUAUAUACGUGACUAUUUGGAGAAUGCUCCGCCAUCACCGCAACUACAAACAGUUGCCGCAUUCUUGCCUGGUGCAGGUGGAACUGAAAAUGGUUUUAUCAUAAAGGAUGCUCCAUGGGAAAAGGCAAACGAAAAAUCUAAAAAUGCACCUAAUACUCAGUCACAAGAAGAUUUCCCAGACUUUGCAGUUGGCGGUGCUCCAGUUGCUACUCCAAUAACAUCAGCUUGGGGACCUAAAAACUAAAAAACAAAAUAAACAAAACAAAAAAAAAACGAAAAACUAAUGUUAUGAAAAUAACUAAAUAAAUAGAAUAUAAAAAGCAGGCUAAAAACGUCGAUGCUGGUGUCAAACUGAAGGUUGUCUAUAUAGUUUAUUAUUGCUUUAUAGAAGCAAAAUUAACAAUAAAAAAAAAAUUAAAUAAAA